AUGUCCAUGGUCAAGAUGAUGGUGAAGAUGCAGAUUGGUCUCGGGAACGUUGACGCUAACCUGUUCUCGGCCACUAGCGUGGACGGCAAGACGAUAAUCACCAGACAUUCAGAUUUUCCACUCGAACCUCUGAACAUCACUCAAGAUGACGGACUCACGCCUUACCUACAGGCGUCGGAUGCCUUACAACACCAAGAGCAACAAGACCAGAGUAUUGCGCCUCCCUGGUGGAAAGCUCUCCCUGCAGCACUUGAAGAAGAAGGGAACCGCCGUCAAGCAAAAAGGUGCGGUGACUGCGGCACCAAGCUCGCCGGUAUCCCUGCUCUCCGUCCCCGCCAGUACGCCACCGUCUCCCGCCCAAAGAAGACCGUCCAGCGCGCAUACGGUGGAUCGCGAUGCGCCAACUGCGUCCAGGACCGCAUCGUCCGUGCUUUCUUGAUUGAGGAGCAGAAGGUUGUCAAGAAGGUGCUCAAGGAGUCUCAGCAGAAGAAGCGCUAA